AUGUCAAAAAACAUCUUAAAAGAUUCAAACCAUUAUAUUGAAUGGUUAGAGAAAUCAAUUGUCGAUGAACAUAUCAACUACUAUGAUUAUUCAGACUUCAAAAAUAUUCUACCAAUAGGAAGUGGUUCUUAUGGAAAUAUAAAUCGUGUUAAUUGGAAAAAUACUGAUCAUUUCUUCGCUUUGAAAUCUUUUAGUGAUGAUAAACAAACUCUUGAAGAAAUUGUAAAAGAGUUCAUGUGA